CAUCGAAGACGAACGUGGAUUAUAGGCAGUCAAAAACGAAAGGAGCUCAGUGAAGUUUUUGUUUGUUACAAUGGAGCUAAACAGUCGUUCAAGGUAAUCAUAUAUAUUUCACGUUGUUUCUAGGGAGAGUUAGUGUGAGAAUUGUUCAAUUGCUUUUGUUACAGGCGGUUACGCUCUAGCGAGUAUCAGUUUCAAACUUAAAACAUACUCAAUUUAAUUAGAUUUUCUUCCUCGUUCUCUCUGCUCUAGUUAGCUCGAAGUACGCACGUAAAGGUUAAAAGCAGAAAGACUAUUGAAAUUUGCACACGUUUGUACUCAAACACAUGAAACAGGAGAAAAUCAAUUACAUCCUAGCCGACAAAAUCUCACUGAAAACAAACAAAACUGUUGAGGUUUAGGUGCAUGAUAUAGACUUGAAAGCCAACCGCUUUGGGCUGUGUGAAAUGAUGUGUAUGAUCGACCUAGGACUGUCUAAACAUCCAGUUUGUCUAAAGCUCUAAGCACUCAUCUCUAUUGCUAUAUUGAGAUAUAAGAUCAAUCAAUCGUCUGCUGUUGUAGUGACUGCAUUAUAUAUUGACGAGGUAUCGCAUGGUAGAAUCUUUUACAAGCCAUAAGAUCAGCCAUUGUCAUGAAACGAUCGUGGCUUUUUUUUUUGAAUCCAUGUUGGUUAGAUUGAUCAAAACUUGGAUGAUUUUAGAGAUGAAUACAAACAGCUUUUGCACAAUAAAUUAUUAAUCAUUAUACUCAUCACAGUGUCCUGUAUGAAUAAUAUCGUUGAUAGAUAUACUCAUCCUAGAAUAUCCUUUUAAGAAAGUAUGUUAGAAGCUUGUGAAAUGAAUCUUCUUGAUCUAUAAUAUGCUUUGGCCUUUGCAUUCGUGAGAUUUGUUAAUACAGGCUUCUUGUAAGUUUAUAAAAUUACUUAUUUAUUAUUUUAUUAUGGAUAGAAUGAUCUAGAUGUACAGACUAAACUAAGUGGUUAUUAAAAUACGAUGUCGGGUGAAAAGGUUGCUAGCGAAAGGUAGUUUGUUGCAUUGACUUUGUUUUAAAUGCCUUUGGCUUUGUGUGAUUAGAAAGCUAGAUGUUCGCGACCUAAUGAUGAACAUGAGAAGAUUUUUGACCCUGUAUGUGUGCAUGCAAGGCUCCUCUGUGACUCUGCAUGUCUACGCGUUACAAUGAAGAGGAAAGAUGCUAUAAAGUUUCCUUUAUAUUGUUUUCUGUGGAGUAUUGAUAUCCACUCACACCAAACUAUGCUAAAAUUUUAAACCAUGAACGAAUCAAGCUGUCAGGUUGCACAUAAGAGAAAAGACAUCAUCAAAAAAGAAGGGCCAAUGUGUAUCAUCAUAUUCAGUCAAGUCAUACAAAGCUCAUUCACAUAAUGAUGCUCUGGCAAACUGCAAGCAUAUAUGCAUUAUUUACAUAAAUACAACAUCAUACAUAAAAUGUGCGCCUCAAUAAGUGUUACAGGGUCCAAAAGUCUGGGAUGAUUGCGUCAAAAGAAGACGUUAAAGUUUUCACCAAUUAUCACCAAUGCUUUGUAACAUUUUGUAACUCGCAGUCUCGUAUAAUCACCAAAGUAACGGGAACAGUAUGUGGGCUCAGUUGGGAAAUCAGUUAGAUCAGCUCAAUAUUUUUCAAAACCCCUGGAGGGGGAAAAGCCUAAUAUAUCGAAAUAUCUAAUGUUGUGGAUCCAUAUAAAAAUAUCUUAUACCUCAUGGAUUUUGUUAAUUUCCACUUAGUAUCUUGCAUAUUUGAUACAAUAGCAAUGAAAUUGAAGCUAAGUUAAUAAAAUGUUCUUCAUAUUAUCCUAAUGUUUAGAGACAGUCUUGUGUGAAUCGACAGACAAGAAACUGAUUUUUUAAUAUCUUUAUCGCAUCAGUGUGAAAAGAUUUUGAAUUGUAAACCGCUGUCAUCCUCAAAGUCCACCUGAAAUUAUCGUGCUUGGCUUUUUUUCUACGGUCAACCAUGAUAUCAAAACAAAAAUCUAUAAAACUGAAAAAAUAUAUUUCAGUUGUAUGAAUUUUGCAGGUAUCAGUUUAGGGAUCAGUAGAAAAACCGAUUUGAAACUCUCAUCUCGCCGUAGUAUGAAACAUAUAUAUUCAGUUCCGUUCAACGAGUGACGCUUUGUAAUGAAAAAAGCACCACGGCUGACCACGCUGAAUAAUUUUAACUAAAUCCAACGCGGAAACACAGUUUUUGUUUUUAUAUGAGAAUCACAAACAAUAGCUAUGUCUGUCGUCGCCUGUUCUUCUACAUGCAGACAAUGCUAUCUUCAUUAUGAACUCAUGAAUAAAUAAAGUGAAAUUUUCUAUCAUUAAUAUUUAAUGAAGGUACAAUAAUAUUAUAGUUACAGACUAGGCUACCAGAUUUACAGCAGUAUUCUUGUGCUGAACUGCAGAAGUAGUACACGUACCCCAUAUUUUUGACCGAGUUCUAUUAGGCUACUCCAAAAAACGAUGAUGGUUUUUGGGCUGGUUUUGUUUUUCUGUUUCACGACAGCAAAUUUACAUUCGUAUUAGCAUUGUCAGGAAAGGACAAUCGAAAUUAUCGGUCCAUAUUGCAUUAUUUACCGGUUGCUAAUGAGAUGCAACGAACAUUAGCAUACAAGCCUUGAUUAUCUCUGCCAACGUUUGACUGAGUUGUGCCUCGAUGUCGUAAACCUAAAGAUCCUAUACAAAUUCUCAGAAACGGAAAAAGAGCGACGUUGAAAGCUCAAGAAUGUAAGUUAAAGUAGAUUUCUUGUUAAAACGACGGAUAUGUUUGGUUUGAUUGCAAGCUUUCUUAAUGUAUGUGGAUAUUAGGGAACCGCAGUACGCAAAGCGUGUUUGGAAAAGUUAAAUUAGCAGCAAAGCAAAUAGAAUGAAAAAAUUAAUUCAAAACGUGCGCGUUUUCGAAGUAACUGUGAUCGAAAGAGCUGCAAUAAGUCUUCAACUUAUUCUAGAUCCUAUUGUUUGGUAUAAUAUAUACAGCCAGCGUACGCCUAAAAGAUGUAUUCAGCUUGUCUACAGCUCAGUUGUAUAACGCGCUUUUAAUGAUUAAAAACCAGCUGUCGUGCAUCCAAAAUGAAUCAUUUGAAUUGAGUCUAAUCCUUUACAAUCGCCACGCCAAAACGAUUGCCUUUGUACAUGAGAUGUUUUAAAGCCUGUGAUGUUGCAUGCUUGUUCCUCAAUAACAAGACUGUUUAUGGUAGUUGCCGGAACUAACUGGAAGGAAUCAGAGUCGUUUGUUCCGACGCUUUUGAUGUACUUCGCCCGCCUGUUGUUGUAGGAAGAUUGCAUUUCGUGGGAUAAGGAAUUGUUAGUGUGUAUACUCACAAGUAGGACUGCAAUGCCACGACUCAAGUCAUUGUUGUUUAAAGUACUAGAGUGGUGAGAGGUGUAGAAUGACCAGAACUAGUGUUGGAUGAGAACCGCUGUACUGAACGAUACAACCCAAUCACUGGCGCUCCAAUCACAGUGCAACCAUCACGACCCAAUACCUCCGCCAUCUUUGGGGGAUCUCCAGGAGCUAUUGAGUACAUGUUCAUACCACCCUCUGCUACAACACGUCCUACAGUACCUAACACCACAGAAAAGCGUCGAUCCUUGAGCAGAGAAAGUCUACGACGAUCCCUCACGACUCCUCCCGAAAGCAUACCGGACUCCGACGAGUGUUCUUCGAUUUCCGACGUCAGUGAGUGCGGUAACGAAGUCGAGCACCGUGAGAGAACUCGGAACAACUCAGGCACGUUUACCAAAACACGCAAGCCCAUAACACGCAGUGUGAGCUCACGUUUACCCGUGGCUGCCUCGAGACCCACCGUGAUGAAACGUGCUAACAGUUUUACACGCGGGACGGACAGUUGUGUACCGCGCGUGCAAUCUCGCGACUCACGUGGAUCCACGAGCCAACAAGAAGCUAGUCAAACAUCAGAUCCCAGUACCCAACCGCGUAUAUCUAAUGCAGGGGGAGGCUCGAAGAUUCCUCGAAAGGCAAUCCCUCGGGGGACUGGAUCUCAGUCAUCACGGAUUCCUCUCAAGCGUGCUGACGUCAAUUUGAACGUAUCCGAGAGGCCUGGAAAAGAAAUACCUGUCGUUAAAAAAACUGCGCCAGCUGACUCUAAAUCGAGCAGAACUGCUUCAAAUGCUUCAAGUAAACAAACCUCUGAGGAACAAUAUGAUCCUGUUGUACCCAAACCAAAUGUGACUAGCGGUAUUCCCGUAAAAAGCGGCAAAGGUCAACAGUUGCAUCCUGGUAACUCAAGAAUACCCAGCAUAAAACAAGAUGGAGGAGAUCCUAGGACUAGCGCAUCGAAUAAAACAACAGAACAAAACAUUGAUAAAGAAAACGAGAGAGCAACGUAUGCUGGGAAAUCUACGUCGAAACGCGAGGGAACUGGUGAUGAGCUACGAGUUGGUAAAAGUGACGUCACUAAAUCUAAACUCCCGCGAAAAUCCAACAUACCAAAAAUGACCGCCCCAAAAUCAUCGCAGAGGAAUAAUUCAAAUGCACAGGUUGAAAUUCAACCGUCAAAAACUGGUCAAAUUAAAAACAAGACAACGUUAGUUUCUGAUCAAAAAAUCAGCAUUCCGAAUGUUCAGAAAGGGGCGGUCAGCGGAUCACCAGAAAUUGUCAGUGCAACUUUAAAUACGCUUCAGAGAAGUGAUUCAGGUUUCGGUGACACCGAUUCCGUCGGCAGCAAAGAGGACACGCCGGUUACAGAACCUGGGAGCGAGUUUAUCUUUUCGCGCGAAAACUCGAAGUCAAAGAUCCCUAGAAUAACAUCGAAGAGCCGAAUGGCGACGAAACCAAGCCGAGAGGCUCCGAGCCGAGACGGAAAGAAGCCGGAAAUAGAAACGAUAAAGGUCGGGAAAUUGGAAACCGACAAAUCCGCCUUGGAUGAUGAAAACAGUUUAGUCUUUAACAAUGAGACGAGUAUGGAUGUUCCGGAGGACAAAACUGAUGAAGUUGAACACUUCAAUGAUAAACUUAAAACUGAAGAAAGUCAAGUAUUAAGCGAGGAGAACCUUGUCAGGGGACUGGAGAGUAAUGAUGACGACGUUGUGGCGUCGCACACUGAGUCACGUAGUUCGCUAAAUAAGGAUGUGGAAAAUGAAACACCAAAAUGUGAUGAGAUUGGAGAUGGAAUUACGUUGCAGAAAAGUGAAGACGUGAACGCUGCGGGAAUUAUUAGCAAUGACGAGUCACCUGGUAGUAUGCUAAAAUCUGAGAAUAACGAUAGUGCAUUCUCAGAAAACGAAAGCAAAACAAGAAAGGCAACCAAAGAGAAAGAAUCGCUUGAGAAUUUACGAGCCAACGACGAGGUUUCACUGACGAAUGCAAAAGCAGAACUUGAGCCAUACAAACAGCCAAUAGUCCCAAGAAAGGCAAAACAGUCGCCCAAAAAACCUCCUCGUUUAUCAAAGCUUUUGGCUCAAAAUGACUCGGAGAACAAGCUUGAUUUGGCUAUCGCAGAAACAAGGAGAGAAAAUGGGGGAGUGUUGUUAAAACAGCGAGGGAAUUUCGGCAGAGAUUAUUACACAGUCGAACAUGGAAUUCAGAAUGACGUGGCUUUGAGACCGGCAGAAGCUAAGGAGGAUUUAGGUGGGAAGCCAACUCAAGAUGUGGAAAAAGCCAUACAGGUGAAGGGUGAGGUGAACGAGGACACCCCCGUACCUUCUAUGAAAGAUAUGGCAGGGGGAACGGGGCAAUUUGGGAACGAGAUGGAGGCAGGUGUAGGAGAAGAGCUGGAAAAGGUGGGGGAUGAAGAAAAGAGUGACCCUCCUAGAAGAUCAGAAAAUUGCAUGCAAUGUAGAAUGGAACAAAGUUUGAGUGAUGGCGAGGAGCCGCCCGUGUUAGAGGAUGACCCAGGUUUCAGACAAUACCCCACCUUCAUUAGCCCAAGAAAGAGUCUUGUCAUGUGCAAACAUCAUGCUAAGCAGAAGAAUGACACGGAUAUAUCACGUGAACAACUGCUGCCUGCGAUGACGCCACUGGCAGAUGCUAAGAGUGACCAGAAAUCCAAACCUUUGCCCCAGUCUGACAAAACCCAGCAGAUUCUCAGCCUGUCACGUGAAGAAUCCGAUGACAAGGUGGCAAAACCCAAAGAGGUCAAGUCUCCGAUCGGUGAAGUACUCCGUAAGAUAUCCCCGGUAUUAAAUAACGUUGAAGGGUUGUCCAAUAUAACAAAAAGUGACAUAAGACGCUCAGAAAGUCUGAAAACAUCAAGAGAAAGAAUGAUUAACGCCCGCCGUCAGGUUCACAGCAAGACCCUCCCAGGGCCUAAAGGAAGCCAUAGCCCGCUGCUUGCAUUAUCUCGCGACAAAAAGUUCGCUCAAAAUUCGAAACCAACUGAGAAGAUUAGAACCGCGUUGUCGUUAGAAUGGGAUGACACUGGGACCGAGCUCAGCCCGCCAAAUUUCUCGGACGACGAUGAGGAGUCAGGGGAUCUCGAGGACACGAGGAGACCUAGCGUGAAACUUAUGAACACGAACGAAGCGUUGGAUAAACUGAAGGUUAUACAAAGCCUGAUUAUGAAAGAGGCUGAAAGUCGAAGUAGGAAAGAGUCAGACGAAAGCGCGGGAAAAUGCACGGUCGGUGUGAAGAGGAAUGGAAAUAGGUCUGCUGAAAACACGGACGACGUAGGAACUACUAGGACAGAGGCCGUGAAUGGCACUGGAACUGAGAGUUCGGACUUCGGACGGAAAUAUGGUGGCUCCAAGUCUACCUCAAAUCAGGUUUCCCCGACUGUAGAGUUUUCUGGCCAGAGAAAAGUUUCCUCUCCUACUAUUUGGGAUAGGAUUACCGAUAGUUCUGCCAUAUCUCAGGAUCAAACAACAGAACUCCUGAACGAGACGUUGGCUAAACUAAAAGCCAGCCCUAAAUUGAGUAGUAAUGUGAUGGCGAAGAGGUCUCUGAGCUCGCGUAGUUUACCUGGAUCGAGACAGGCCAGUAAAGAGCAGUUGCUAAGCGACGGUGAGCGACCAGUCUACGUGUACACCUCGAGUUGGAUGAACAGGAGUGGCAAAAACUCGCGUGGGUCUUCGCUUAGUUUGUGUUCCAAUAAUCACUCCUUGCCAAGUUCCAGGCAAAAUUUAACAAAAGAUUUGACUUUUAAUGGAUUGAAGAGAUCUGAAAGUGCUGCUGGACGAAUGGAGAAAGAAAAUGGAAAACGACUCGAGCCGAAGGAACGAAAAGAGUUCAGAUUGAGUGAUUUUGAUGAGAUCAACUUGUCUGAUGAUACCAGUGAAUUACGUAAUCAAAGAACUUCCACACCGCGCGCAACGCCUGGGACUGAGGCGAGCAAUGAGAGGCAAAUGAGAAAACCAAAACGCAGGAAGAAGAAGGGUAAAAAUACUGCGGCGAAGAUGAAUAAUCUCCCGGCGUAUGGAGUCAGUAUGGAAGACCUUGCUGAGGGAAAGACCAAGUGUCACUGUGGUGGAGGGAAAUGUGUGAUUUCUUGAAACAAGAAACCUGAAUCAUCUUAUUCCCGUUGCACUGUUUUAGAGAGGAAUACGUGGUGUUCCAAUGCUUGAUAAUAGGGGAUAAAGAUGGUGUUUAACGCAAGUUCAAAGACGCUAGCCCCACAAAGUAUUAUUAUAUCAUAAUGCAUAGGAGCCCUUAACAUAAACACACUAGGAGUCUGGGGUUAGAAGAAGUAAUUUGUCAUAACGUAACUGAAAGUGGGACCCAUAGUUAUUUACAUACAAUACGAAUAGCUUUUGUCAUUGUUUGGUUUUAUUAGUGCUAUUAAGCUAUUUGGUCGAAAAAUAGUAUGAGUGAGUGAGUCUAUCCUAUGUUCUAUGUAAAUUAGGCCUAAAUGAUCGCAAAAAUAUAUCAUAGGACAUAAUACUCAAUCACAUACGCCACUAGUCGCGAGGAACUGAGACUUAAAACGAAUUUUAGACACCGAGUACUUUUCUUUUAGUAGAAAAUAACGAAAUAUGUUCGUACGAGAAAGCAGCUUGUUUUCUUCCACGCUGAGAGAUGUAUUUAUUGUUUAACUUAUUCAGAAGAUUGUAAAUGCAUACCUUUUAACCAAAUCAUUGAACGAGUCCUGUUUUUAUUCCAAAGUCGUUUCACCAAUUUACCACCACGUUGGGUUGCAACUCGCAGGAAUAUUAUAUGUUUGAGUACGAACCAGCCAUCCUUGGAAGGAAAAUUGUGAUAAGAAUCAUCGAAUUCUUGUUCCUGAAACCAUUCCACACUAGCUCAAGUUUAUGAAUAAUCCUUUGAGAAUGUACACUGGGACAAAGUGUGACUAAUCCCCUCCUUAUUCAAUAUAUUCCCUAUCACAUACCUUGAAACAAUGGUAACCCAUUAACUGACAUUAAACAGCUUUUUUCAUAGUGUUGAAGCGCUCAUCUUUUGUGCGGUAAUUUGUCGAACGGAACUCAUUACCGAAAAAAUGAAAAUAUUAAAAAAUAUAUAUUUAUUUAGUCAGGAUACAUGUCGGCGCUACCUACAAGUAAACUUUCAAUAUUUCACAUAAGAAAUCCUGAAGGCCAGACAGUCAUACUCCAAUAAUGGUAGAAGGAUACACUGCACGAUUCUCGAGAUUUCAAAGCCUCAAAUUGACACGUAAUUAAUCCAACAUCAAACAACAUUGCGAAACGUUUCCACAUUAUUAUAAACAUUGAAG